UUCAAGUUAAAAGAAUGAAUCAACAAUACUCUGUCAUAUAGGACAUCAAUAUUUAUAAGAUUAAAAAAUUAUGGUUUUAUUAGUAAUAGAUCUAAUUAAUAAAUAUGUGUUGAAAAGAAGAACGGAAACAUGAUAAGAAGGCUCAUAUCCAUCAUCCUAGCGUCUUGCUACAUUUUAGUGGAUAGUUACAUCACAAGGCUUCCGUGUAAAUAUCAUGGUAACUUCUCUGACAUCCAAUAUAACAAGUAUUCCCCAGGGAAUGUUAUUAAAUCGAUAAAAAUAGUAAACAGAGACAAGUGUAUGAUUGAAUGUGUGGGAGAAUCAUUGUGCAAAGCGUGUAAUUACCAUAGCUCAACUCAACUAUGUGAUCUUCUAUCUUCUGAUGUUGCAGCAACUUCAUCAAAAACUGGAUCGAUUUAUAUGCGAACAGAUAAUACAAACAGAAACAGAGGACCAUUUUGCAGAAGUCUAAAUCCAUGCCAGGAGAAGACGAUGUGUGAUGACUCAUGCAACAGCGUUGGAUACGAAUGCGGUAAAUUGUUUUUGUUAUAUGGCUCAUGGGCUUAUGCAGAUUAUUUGAUUCUGUUUUUGCUCAUUUUUACAGUGACUCUAAAAAACGUGGCAUUGCAGGCGGCAGCAUCCUUAUCAACAAGUAAAUCGGGUUGUCCUGGCAGAUACGCUAUAGACGAUGACACUACAAGCUUACAUUAUGCAUCAACCAAAGAGAAGAUAACUGUUUGGUUGAAACUCGAUUUAAAAAGUACACAUCAUCUUUUAUAUAUUAGAGUAUGGCGAAAAUUUAUUAAUACUUUUGCGCUCUUAAAAGUUGGUAUGUCUAGCUCACCCAGUAGUAACCCUACUAUUGGGAUAAUCGAGGGGAGUGGAGACAAUGGAUCUGUACAAACGACAACAGAUUUCGUCCGGCAAGAUACGUGGUGAUUUACAAAAAACACACAGCUCCGCGACAUUUGGCGAUCAGAGAAGUAAAAGUUUUUGGAUAUGAAGCAUAAUAUACUACGAUAAGAAAAUACAAGCGGACUUAACUAUGAUGCUUCUAGAAACUAUGUUGACUCUUUGCUUUUUAAGUUAAUUAUUAAUAGAUAGUUGUUGAUCCAAGCUUUUACUGCAAGUAAAGUAACAAGGUGCAGUUACAUAUUAAAAGUCCUUCGAUAUCUUUCUCUUUAGAGAUAAUAAAUAACUAAGACGGAGACAUAAUAAGAAGGUAUGAAAUGUUUUAACUUUUCAACAAAGGCGUUUACAAACAAAAAAAUCCCAGCGACACUUGAAUUAAUUGAUAAAUAAUACUAACAAAAAGAUUCAUAAAUUUCUUAGUUUGUGCUGUUAUUUUUGUUCUUAAAAUUUCUUUGUAGGUUUAUUGUACGCACGCUCUUUCAUUUGAAUUUAGUUUAAUUGUUUUACGGCUUUAGCCGGUAGAACUUUAAAA